GGAGACCGCCCACCGCAGAGCUAAGACCCCAUAGAUUUAAAGAGAGGCAGCAUUCAGAGCCUGACGUUCAUUCAAUAAGCAGGCUUGUCUGUCUGGCGUGCUCUUUCGUUUCCCUCGUCUUCCUCCUGCUACUUGAGAGGUUGCUUCUUCUCUUUCCGCUGGAGGGAAAUAACUAAGGAUGUUAAAUCAGAGAAUCUUCCCGGGCAUGGUUUUUCUCCUGCUGUUUUUCUGCCACUUCAUGGAAGAUCAAACAGCACAGGCUGGGAAUUGCUGGCUCCGGCAAGCCAGGAACGGCCGCUGCCAGGUCCUCUACAAAAAUGGUCUCAGCAAGGAGGAGUGCUGUAAAACCGGCAGGCUUACCACUUCUUGGACCGAGGAGGACGUCAGCGAUCACGUGCUUUUCAAGUGGAUGAUUUUCAGCGGGGGUGCCCCGAACUGUAUCCCAUGCAAAGAAACCUGUGAGAAUGUGGACUGUGGGCCUGGGAAGAAAUGCAAAAUGAACAAGAAGAACAAACCUCGGUGUGUCUGUGCUCCGGAUUGCUCUAAUAUCACAUGGAAGGGCCCAGUGUGUGGCUUGGAUGGGAAGACCUACAAGAAUGAGUGUGCCCUUCUGAAAGCCAGGUGUAAAGAGCAGCCGGAACUUGAAGUCCAGUACCAGGGCAGAUGCAAAAAGACCUGUAGAGACGUUUUGUGCCCUGGCAGCUCCACCUGUGUGGUCGAUCAAAACAAUAACGCCAACUGUGUGACAUGCAAUCGGAUUUGCCCAGAGCCUACCUCCCCUGAACAGUAUCUCUGUGGGAACGACGGGAUCACAUAUGCAAGCGCUUGUCAUCUGAGGAAAGCGACCUGCCUGCUCGGAAGAUCCAUCGGUCUAGCCUACGAAGGAAAAUGUAUCAAGGCCAAAUCUUGCGAAGACAUCCAGUGCAGCACCGGGAAGAAAUGUUUGUGGGAUUUAAAAGUGGGUAGAGGCCGGUGUGCCCUCUGCGACGAGCUCUGUCCCGAAAGCAAAUCGGAUGAAUCUGUUUGUGCCAGCGAUAACACCACUUACCCAAGCGAAUGUGCUAUGAAGGAGGCAGCGUGUUCACUGGGUGUGCUUUUGGAAGUAAAGCACCCAGGAUCUUGCAACUCCAUUAAUGAAGAUCUUGACGAAGACGACGAAGACGACGACCAGGACUACAGCUUAUCUUCCAAUCAGUGGUAAAACUUCCAUCACUUUUGGAACAGCCAUUGGGCAAGAAAUACAAUGUCCAUACUGUACAUAAAUGUAUGCUUAUUUAUUUGGGGAAGAAAAAAGUAUACAUAUAGUUGAAUCUUGUAGACAUUUAUUUAUACUGUGUCAUGUUUUAUAAUUUAUACAUAAAAAAUGUCCGAUUGACUGUACACCUUUUUUUUUUUUUUUGGAAGAAAUUUAAUCGUUAUGGGAUGAACAGUGUUAUUUAUUGUGAGGUCUCUUGCCUGUAUAGUAAAGCUUCUUUUUUCCCCCUUGUAAACUAUAAAUCCAUUCCUUAGAGCUUAUCCCCCCCAUCCCCAUCACAACUCUUCAUAUCCUUGUUUCUGCCAGUGUUAACUCUUUUCCACUUUAACAAAACUUUGCAUGUCAGUUUCCUGUUACAUUUUUAUUUAUUGCAUUUCCUUGCCGGUUCUGUACAUACAUCCACAAUCCCUCGGGUAUUUGUUUACAAGGAAUCUUGACUGACCAAAAGGCGCUGUAAACUGGCUUAACUAUAGAUUCGGGGUGCAAUGAGGCAGUCUAUAAGGAAACCUCUUCCCCUUGGUUAUCCCUUGGUUAUGUUCUUCUGAUUGAUUCAUGUUAUUGAGGUGAUCUCAGUGUACUGGACAUUUCUACUGUACUAUGAGAAUCCAAACCCAAAGAUCGGAUUAUGAAGGCCGUUAAUAGCUAUAUGGCUAAAUGUAAUGAGAGCAUAAUUUUUUAUUGGAAAAAAAA